AUGCCUGACGAGCCAAGCACCCAGGUGCGGGCACCGGCGGCUUCUCCAUCUAGGAUUCUACCCGGCGGAUUCUACGCUGGCCCUGUAGAAUUCCCCGCCGCCAUGUCUUUACCUUUUGCCAUCAACGGUCUCGGUCGCAUUGGCCGCGCCCUGGUCCGGAUUGCUGAGCACAGGCCGGAGCUCGAGCUGGUGGCGGUCAACGAUCUGCUCGAGCCAAGCGCCUUGGCUCGUCUGCUGCGACGAGAUUCGGUGCAUGGCGCCUUCUCGGGCGAGGUUGUGGCGGCUGAUGGGGCACUCGAGAUCAACGGUCGGCGGGUGACGGCACACUGCGUCGCACAGCCCGCUCGGAUCGACUGGAGUGCCAGCGGCGCGCGGGUAGUGGUCGAGGCCAGCGGCCGGGCCACUGCUGAUCGGCUGGCGGCGGAGCACCUCGGCGGAUCGGUGGACAAAGUAGUGGUGUCGGCAAUCGCCGAGCAGGCCGACGUGACGCUGUGCUUGGGGAUCAACCAGGCAGAAUAUGUUCCGAGAGUUCACCAUGUGGUGUCGAAUGCCUCUUGCACGACCAACUGUUUGGCGCUCCUGCUGCAAGUCUUGGAUCAAUCCUUUGGCGUGGCCAGUGCGCUGAUCAGCGAGGUCCACAGCUACACCGCCGAUCAGCGCCUGGUAGACGGUGGCCACCCAGACCCGCGGCGCGGCCGGGCGGCGGCGAUCAAUAUCGUGCCCACCCGCACCGCGGCCCCGGCGGCGGUCGAACGCUUACUGCCGCGCCUGGCGGGCCGACUGGCCGGCCACGCGGUGCGGGUGCCGACGCCCAAUGUGGCACUCUUGGACGUGGUCGCGCGGCUCGAGCGGCCGCCGCGGACGAGCGACAUAGCGGAGGCUUUCCGAACAGCUGCGGAGAACGACCUACAGGGCUUCUUGGCGGUCAGCGACGAGGAGCUGGUGUCGAGUGACCUGGUAGGCGAAAGCCACUCGGCGGUGGUCGACCUGCCACUACUUAGCCGGGCCGGCGGCGAUCUCUAUCGGGUGAUGGCCUGGUACGACAACGAGUGGGGCUACGCAGCCCGCCUGGCAGACUUGCUGACAAUCAUGGGGAGAAAGCUCUGA